CCGGGCCCGAACCGACAGGCCCACCGGGCAGGCCGAACCAAAACUCGGCUGCGACCGGCGGCGGGAAGUUCGUGCAACGGCAGUCCGCCGGGAGGCGCAAAGCGGGGCCUACGUCCGGCAGGUAGGACGUUGUCAUGUUGAAGUUCGGCCCGUGGGCAGGUGCGAAGCGGGGCCUACGUCCAGCAGGUAGGAUCUUUGUUACGCUGUUAGGCGGAGGAGGAGCGGGAGCAGUGGGAGGAGCGGGAGCCGGAGGAGGAGAGGGAGGAGGAUCGGGAGCAGUGGGAGAAGGAGCGGGAGCGGGAGGAGGAGCGGGAGCAGUGGGAGAAGGAGCGGGAGCGGGAGGAGGAGGGGGAGGAGAGGGAGGCAGAGCGGGAGCGGGAGGCGGAGCGGGAGGAGGGGGAGGAGCGGGAGAAGGAGUGGGAGCCUUUUUUCUUUUUUUUUUCGUAGGAGAUGGCUAUGGCGCGAUCUUUGUCACUUUGUUUGGCGGAGGAGGAGCGGAAGGAGGAGCGGGAGCAGCGGGAGAAGGGGUGGUUGCGGGCGCGGGAGGAGGAACGGGAGGAGGAACGGGAGGAGGAGGAGGAGGAGCGGGGGGCCUCCUCCGGCAGCUCAACGAUCUGGGAAGCAUUCCGGAAGGAAAAAUCUUCAGGCAGAGUGUCCCUUCGACAUUGCUUUGCAGGGAGGGUGUCCUUCCAUUUCCGCAUUCCACUAUGCAAGGAGAUGCCACCACAGGCGGGCCCAAGGGGCCGAAGGGCAAAGGGAAAGGAGGAGGAAGCGAUCCAGUGCUAAAGCAGAAAUCUCCUGCGGAAUUCUUUUCUGAAAACAAGAACAUUGCUGGAUUUGAUAAUCCUGGGAAGUCUCUGUAUACGACAGUCAGAGAGCUGUUGGAGAAUGCUUUAGACUCUGCAGAAUCCAUUGCAGAACUACCAGAUGUGCAAGUGACCAUAGAGGAGAUUAGCAAGUCCACUUUGAAUGCUCUGAUUGGUCUCGGUGACCAUGAACGUGUCGAUGAAAAGCUGUAUGGGGACUAUGAAACAGAGAAAGAGAAAGAGAGACGACUGGCAAGAGAGAUCAAGGAGCAAGAGCGGCAAGCAAAACUGUUGGCAGCAGGGAAAAAAAUCAAGGAGGCUGCGACUCCCCGUGGAGGGAAGGGCCGAGGAGACGUUUCUUUCUAUAGGGUGACUUGCAAGGACAAUGGAAGGGGAAUGCCGCAUGACGAAAUUCCUAACAUGCUUGGGCGGGUGUUGUCUGGAACAAAGUAUGGCCUGAAGCAAACUCGAGGAAAGUUCGGACUCGGCGCCAAGAUGGCCCUCAUAUGGUCAAAGAUGAGCACAGGUCUCCCAAUAGAGAUAUGGAGUGCGCUUGCGAACCAGAGCUUCAUAUCGUACUGCAGGCUUGAUAUUGAUAUAAACAGAAAUGUACCAAAUGUGCACAAACACGAGAAGAGAGACAACCCUGAAUGCUGGCGUGGAGCAGAACUGCAGGUGGUCAUUGAAGGCAAUUGGACAACCCACCGUUCGAAGAUCAUCAAUUACAUGCGACAAAUGGCCGUGAUCACCCCUUAUGCACAGUUCCUGUUCCGCUUCAUUGGAGCUACCCCAGAUAAGAAUGUUUCGAUUCGGUUCUCACGAAGGACGGACGUAAUGCCUUGUCCUCCAUUGGAGACAAAGUACCACCCAUCAGCUGUGGAUCUGCUCCUCAUCAAGCGGCUCGUCAACGAAGCAGGGAAAAUGACGUUUGUUAAAUUCCUCAGCACAGAGUUUGCCUGCAUCAAAAAGAGCCUUGCGGACAGACUUAUAGGUGAGAUGGGAGGAGAUUUCACACCGGGUAUGCCCAUUACAUCCCUCACAGACCAGCAUAUUGCUAGAAUUCAACAACUUUUCCGGCAGGCAAAGUUCGAUGAGCCACAUGGGGAGUGCCUUAGCCCGGCUGGAGAGUACAAUCUUCGACUUGGAAUUCUGAAAGAACUUCAUCCGGAUAUGGUGGCUACUUGUGAGGGAAGUGUGCAUGUAUUCGAAGGGCAUCCUUUCAUUGUCGAAGCUGGCGUUAGUCUUGGGGGAAAGAAUGUGAAACCAGGAAUCAAUGUGUUCAGGUUUGCAAAUCGGAUCCCCCUUUUGUUUGAAGCAGGUGGAGAUGUCAUCACACGCACUGCUCUGAAGCGUAUAAGUUGGGCAAACUACAAAAUAAAUCAAACGCAAGACAAAAUAGGCGUAUUUGUCAGCAUUGUGAGCACCAAGAUUCCCUUUAAAGGCACAGGGAAAGAGUACAUAGGGGAUGACAUUACUGAGCUUCAAAGUGCUGUUAAGUCAGUGAUUCAACAAUGCUGUAUACAAUUGAAAGGGAAGUUAGUGCGGCAACAACAGGCGAGAGAAAGGCUGCAAAGGAAGAGGAACCUUGUCAAAUACAUUCCCAAUGUAACAAGGGCUAUUCAUGAAGUUCUUGAGACUAUUGUAGAAGAGCGCAAGGCGAAAAAGAGGCGUCACACUCUCUGGGAGCGAGAGGCAGACUUGCUUGACAACGUUCAAAAGGGGGAUGUCACCGAGGGACUCUUGAGGCAGAAGCUUACUCAGCACGUAGAACAGGUCGAUACAGAAAUGGCGCUCGAGUAUGCUAUGCAGACUGGAAUGGCUGAGGCGACAAAAGAGUCUGUCUUCCUUCGUGCACUGGAUAGCAAACGCUCGUUCGGGCCUGAGAUUCAUGGCCCCAUUUUUGUCUUGCAGCUAUUAACAGGAUGUUAAAGCACCAGUACAUGGGGAGGUGCGAAACGAAAAUGCGACUGCCGAUCGAAAUUAUCAACGGCGGGCCCAGCGUUUGACGUUUCGGCCUCGUUUUCUUGUGGCGACAAGUUUCGGACUGCGAGGCUGGGGCCGUGUACUCGUGGUUUAAGAAACAUUAGAUAAGUCUCAGGUUCGUCCCUCCCUACCCCCAACAGUUUUUUCUGUCUGCUUCUGUUCCCACUCUGAAAUUGCCCUUGUCCAUCACGCGUAUGUUGCACUCACUCACAGGCAAAGCGUAUAUUGACAGUCAGCAAGCUUUGCGAGCUGCACCCACUGAGCCCUCUGCGGCGAAGCGUUGAGUUCUGUCCGUGGAUCCUGACCGUAGGUUGCUUCCAAUGCCUUCCAUCCCAAUGCAGACGAUAGGAGAUUUUGAGAGUCGCCAUAUGCGUGAGGUUUGGACGGAAGAGUUUAUGUGUCUUUGUUAUUUUCUUUCUUUUUUUUUUCUUUGGGUGCAACUUUUCUUCUACCAAGGCAGUUGUGCAUAUAUGUGUACAGUAUGUGGCUAAACGUAUGUCCAUUCUCGGUGUGGAUCCUGACUGGAUGUAGCUUCCAUGACAGCACCUGGUACGAGAUUUUGACCGUCCCCGGAUACAUGUGGUUUGGACAGAAGAGCGCGUGUAUGUCUUCUUGUUCCUGAGAGGUUGUGCACACCUUUACGAUAUACGGCGAACGUAUGUGCAUGUGCUAUGUUGGGUUCCACUUGGUCAGGUCUCAAGUGAGCGCCUGUUGUCUUCUACUAGCUUUUUGGUUCCAUCGCUGAUGCAGUUGAAAUUUGCACUGGAGACUCUGGUGAUUCUCGUAUUCCAGUUAGCAUAGCUCUUAUGGCGAGCCUCGCCCGGGUUGACUCAGAUUGGCCUGGGUGGCCCCGCCGGGGCCAGGUCCGGGCAAUGUCUCUGUCAAGGUCCUGGGCAGUUCCAGUGCAAAAAACAGAAAAAGAAAAAAGAAUCUGGAGAAAAAACUAUGUCAUGCAGAAUUACAAAUCAAAUAGCCCGGGGGAA